CAUUCAUAUCAACAAACAAACCAUUAAUAAAAAGAGUGAUAGAAAGAAAACAAAAGAGAGAAUAUUAUGGCAUCAAGAAAUGUUCAGAGUAAAAUGGUUGCCCGUAGAAAGCUUCAUUAUUUACGAACUCUUACCAACUCCAAAUCAGUGAAAAAGAGCUCUAUCAUCUUUGAUGCCUUCGUUUACAUUCUCAAGCUGAGACUCCAGCUAGAAGCCAUCCAAAGAGAGUAUCACCACCUCUUAAACCAUGUUCAAGAAGUGAAGGUGGAGAAGUUAAUUGGGAAAAGAUUUGUGGUGAAAGUGACUUGCAAAAAGGGCAAAGAAAUGCUAGUUUCAAUUUUAGAGGCUUUUGAAGAGAUGAAACUGAAUGUUGUUCAAGCUAGGGUUACCAGCAGGUACUUCUUUGGAAUGGAAGCAAUUGUAGAAACUGAAGAUGAAGCUUUGGAUGUAAGAGCUAUGACUAAAGCAGUUCAAUUGGCAAUCCAGAAGAAGUAAAGUCUAGAGAUACAAAAGUGAAUCUUUAAGUAAUAUUCUUGUUUGGAGCAGAGACGGAACUAGGAUAUAAAGUUUAUAAGUUCUGAAUUUGCUAACUAACUCUGCUCCUAGUUGGGAGAAGUGUACCUCUAACUUUUGUUUUCCUUUUAUUAUCCUUGUAGCUAGAUGUUCAUGUAAUGAAGAAAAAAAUUAUCACUUUC